AUGGUUCGCUGGCUGCGAGUGAACUCAAUGAUGAGCAGUAUGGUGCAACAUCGGAAACCAAUAAUUGUAACGAUUAUGCAUACUUCUUCUCAAAAGUAUCAUCAUUCCUUAAUUUCUUCCAAAUUCCCAAACGUACAAGAAAAUGAAUUUUCAAGAAUUACACGAACAAUCGUCCGUUCACUUCCAUUUAGAAAUAUUUGGCCUCUCCUAAAUUAUUAUGAAAAUAGAUUGAAGAAGGAUUUCAAUGAAGAACAUGAUAAUGAUAUUAUCUUUCAAAAACCCCUUCAAGUCGAAUAUUUCAAUGAAUUAUUACAUUCUUUAAAUAUUCAAAACACAAGACUGCCUUUCAACAGGACUAACGGAAAUUCGAAUUUACAAGAUCAAUGGUUCUCUAAACUACAAUUUAUGGAUCAAGAUUAUUUACUCCAUACUCUCACGAAGGAAAAGUUACAAGAGGGUUUUUGGUAUGAACGACAUAUUCAUGCUACAAGUCAAAUUCCAACACGAUUUAAUAAUUUACAUGAUUUUUAUGGACAUCUCAUUUGGCUCAUGUUUCCCAAAACAAAGAGACUGUUGAAUAUUUUACAUUUGGAACAUAUGAAAAGCCAUUCAUCAAAAUCUGUAAAAGAACGAUCCUCAUUACAGAAUUUUCUAACCCUAUUUGAUGAAUGUGGAGUCGUGGUUUUUAUUGAGGAAUCGUCCUUUCAAGAAUUGAAAAAUCUACUCUAUGGAAUGCAAUUUAAAAAACUAUUUUGGAAUUAUAGAGCGAGUGUGGAAAGCAAAAUGAUUUUCACAAUUUUUGGACAUUCCAUUUUCGAUACGCUCACACAACAUCCAUAUAUUGGAUAUACUACCAAAUGUGUAGCACUUCCACUAUCUUCUUCUGUUUAUACGAAUGUUUAUCAUCAACUUGAAACCAUUCAUCAACAUCAAUCACUCACAACCAUGCAAACACAAGUGUGGAAUGUCAUGGACGACCUGCUCUUUGAUGUAUUUUCCAACCCCGUAAAGUAUGACAUUAAUUUACACAACACAAAAAGUCUUCGUCCUCUCCCUCUUUUAGGAAUUCCCAAUUAUUGGAGAGCUCAAACAGAAUCAUUUUAUGACAAUGAAAGAUACUUUAGAAAACCAAAUGCAUCAAUCAAUGAAUGUGCAAGAACGACAUGA